ACUUGACUGUGUACAAUGCAGUAAACCUGUAAAUCAGAAAUUUUGUAAUAUGCCACUGCUCUCUAAAAUCAGUCAAGCCCAAUGAUGUUGAUGAUUUCGGAAUGGUUUGUUGAUAGCAUGGGAUAUAAAAGCUAAGGCAACAUGUAGUAUCUUCAUUUACUAACCAUGCCUCCCACGACACGGAGUAGGAGCACGAGGCGGAGUCGUGCACUCAAUGAUGACGACGACAGCGACUCCUCACCCCAAAAUCGGCAGUCAUCAUCUCGAAGAUCAACUGCUGGAAGCGACCAAAGAGCAAGUGCAGGAAAAACUCGUUCUCGUUCACGAAGACGAUCCCGCCGAAUGAGACGCAGUUCGCGGUCACCAGGCAGAUCCCGCUCUCGAUCCAGGAGACAAGACACUCAAGAUCACGCUCCAGGAGAAGAAGUCGAUCUCGAAGACGAAGAAGAGGAAGCCGUAGAUCGCGAAGGUCACGACGCUCGAGUCGCUCUCGAAGACGAAGACGAAGUAGAAGACGACGUGCAGGAAGAGACCAAAACGAUCAAGAUGAUAACAUGUCGACAAACCGAAGAACGAGGAGGACAUCCAAUCAAUCAUAAAUACUGACACUAUAUCUGAGCAAAUUUUGCCAACGGCUAAAUACGCUCACCAAUAGAAGCCCAUUGCCAUAAAGAUGCAGUAUCACU